CUCGUGAACUUGCAUCCCUGUUGCAGUCGUGUGUUUGGAUGCUACCUGGAACAUUCAUCUCUAUAGUCAGAUUUUAUUUUUUUAGUUUUCACAUUGUACAGUUUUUAUUUUUAGCUUCAAAUAUGAUCAUGUAUUCUGUGAAUAUUGAAUUGACGAGGGGGAGAGAUGCACAGGACGACCCAAGGCUCCUUCGACGCCAAUACCCGUUUUCAGAAUGAACCUCAUCAGUUUCCUCAUCCUCCAGCGUCGUCCUUUGGCUUCAGCGUGACUGCAGCCAGCCCAGCCAAGAGAAUCACCUUCUACAAGAGUGGCGACGCUCAGUUCAAAGGCGUCAAGAUGGCCAUCCAUAAACGGAGCUUCAGAUGCUUUGAUGCCUUGUUGGAUGACCUUUCCCAAAAGGUUCCUCUCCCUUUUGGCGUGCGCACCAUCACGACCCCCAGAGGGACCCACAGCAUUAAACAUUUAGAGCAGUUAGAGGACGGAGGCUGUUACCUCUGUUCUGACAGACGCUAUGUUAGGCCAAUCAACAUGGAGGCUGCAGGGAAGAGGCCGGCGGUGUGGCACCACCACAGCCAACCGCAUAACCCUCGCCGCAAGCCCUCCCGACCCGAGAGCCCCCCCUCUGGACAUCAGCACCACCAUCGGCAUCCCAAAAGGAUUGUUCUGGUAAAAAACAACGACCCGACUGUUAGGCGAUCCAUUAUUCUGAGCAGACGGACCGCUCGGAGUCUUCGUGUCUUCAUGGACGAGAUUUCAGAACUCAUGCAGUGUCAUGUCAAGAAACUCUACACUCUGGAGGGACGUAAGAUUGACAAUAUUCAGAGUCUGAUGCAGUGUCCUAGUGUGCUGGUCUGUGUAGGUCGAGAGCCUUUCAGGCCGCUGCUCAUGGAAAGCUUGAAGAAGCUCUCAGAUGAAAAGCUUCCAGGAAUGGGCACAAGGUCUCACUCAAGUAUCUGCAGUGAAGGCCAUGAAAGCAAAAAGAAUGUUAACUUUGGCCUGGAGACAAAGAAAAGCAUUAUCCAUCCACGAUCAGACUCCAGUAAUAGAUCUACAAGAUUCUCUCUUUCUUCAGAAAAGUCCUAUCAGAAUGGAUUAUGCAUGACCCCAGGACAGUCCGGUUGCGUUAGCAACUGUCCUUACGUUAAAGAAGUCGUAGUGAACGAUGACAUUGAGAAGAGAGUACUUGUUAACAAAGACGGCAGCCUUUCUGUGGAGAUGAAGGUUCGCUUUCGGCUCUGCAACGAUGAGACUCUUCAGUGGUCCACUGAGAUCAAAAAGUCAUCUGUGAAAGUCAACGACUCUGGCUCUGUAAAAGAUGCCGAUUAUCUUCAAGCUAAAGCUGAGUAUUCAGACCCAGACUCCAUAUCUCCAUCUGAGACUGAAGAAGCCUUUGCAACAAAGCUGCAUCAGAAGCAUAUCGAGGAAACGGUUUGCCAGAACUGUUGCAACCACUGCCAAGAGUAUGACAUCUGGAAAAACCCCUUGCAUAAAGACUCCGGGAGUUGUAAAUCACCUAGUUCCAGUGCAUCGUCUCACAAAGUUGUACGCAAAAAGACAUCUGUGGAUAGUACGCGCACAAUUUCUCGUUCCAGCGGCGAGUACACUGAGCAUGUGGUGGAAAAGGCCUCCUGUUUUCAGCAGACUGUUGAGGAAGGAGACACUAGAGUAGAAUACUGUGCAAUAAGUCAUUGCUGCAAUCGAAGUGAAGUAUCAUCUGCUGGACUCACGUCAAAAAGCAAGAGAUCUUGUGAGGACGUCUGUGAGAGAACUAAUUGCUCUCAUAUAGAACCUGAAAUCUCUUCUAUGCCACAUUGUGAGUUCAUUAAGGUCACGGAAGAGCGUCCGGUUUCUGCAGUCAGCAACUCAUCCAAAGUGCUUGAGUCUUUAAAGGAAGAUCAGGAUGAUGAAUAUGACGACCUGCCACCAAGCAUCUCAAGAGCAUCACACUGGUCUCAAAGUGACCAUCUAGAGAGUGAUGAUCAACCUAAAUGUGUUCAUUGUUGUGGCUACCAGUCUUCAUCAAGAUCUUAUUUGUCCCCUAGACCACCAAGUAAAGAAUCAAACGGUGCUGUUCACUCACUUAAGCUCAAAAAGUAUAAAACCACUUUUGCAGCACCACCAGAGCCAGAUGGGAUGAGUACAGCAACUCCAAUAUCAAAAGUGUCCUCCAGAUCCCAUCCGUGUCAUUGCGGAGCCAUAACCCCAAGUUCAGUUAUGUCUGAUAGGCAGCACAGGCCUGAGGACAGGGCUUGUAGUACAAAUUCCAGACAUAGCCAAGCAUCCUGUAAAUCUAGAGGUCAAGGAAACACCCCUGGAUGCAAUGCAUCAGAUGCUUUGGAGAUACAUGACAACGAUGCUGCAAACAGAUCUUUAAGUGCAACAUCAGGUGUGUCGAAACGAUCUGGAGAGUCUGGUGUUUGCUCAUGCUGUGGUGAGCAUAAAAGAUUGAAUGGGAAUGCAGACAGGAGCGAAUCAGAGAAAGCUGAUUCUGUAGUGUCGAAGUCAAACAAAUCUGCUGCAUCCACUUCAGUUGUUCACGAAAACUGUGAACCAGUUAAUAAUAUGUCUGAAGGGGAACUCAAAGGGGUACGCUCUGGGUCUGCACUGUCUAAAAAUUCGAAUGCCUCUUCUGCUUCCAAAAUCUCAAAAAAAUCUAACUGCUCUGCACAUACUAUGUGUUCUGUUGGGAAAUCCUCUAAAUGUGAACAUAAUGAAGCAGAAAGUGUUGUAGAAAGAACCAAAAGUGCCACACCAGUCGGGUCAGACUGCAUUGUUUCAGAGCGAGAGCCCACACCAGCCUUGGUCUUGACAGAAAUGGAUAAAGCUGAAGAAAAAAGCCAAGAAAGAGCUGUCAGCCCAUUGUCAGCCUGUUCAAAUUUAUCAGCUGCAUCGAGGACAUCCCACAAAUCAAAGUCUGAACAUUCAGAGAAUGCUAAAAUGCCUAGAUCUCAUAGUCCAAAUGAUUUAGAGGAAGUGCCAUCAAACUUAUUUAAUUCUCAGGGUGAUAUAUCAGAAAUUGCUGCUACUCAGAGUCAUGCUGCGACAGAUAAUCAUUGUGGACAAGACACAGAGUUUCCUCAAGACGUUAGAUCAGCUAGUGCCAUGUCUAAUAAAUCAAACCGAUCUUCUGAACAUCCGUCGCAUACAUCGGAGCGAACAACUAAGUCUGUCAAAUCUUGUUGUGACUUACUAGACAAAGUUCAGUGUGAGCCAGAAACUGAGGUAACCACUGAAGAAAGAUUAUGCAGUCCACUGUCCCACUGCUCCAAAAUAUCUGUAAAGUCACAUGCAUCCUCAAAGAAUUCACAUGCAAAGUCAAAAUCUAAGGAUAGAGUUCCCAGUGCAAUGUCUGUCAAAACAAACACGUCUAAGGGAUCUUGUAGGUCUUGCAAAUCAAACCACGGUGUUCCAGAAACCACAGUUACCUCAGAACCAAAUGAUACAGCACCUAAUGAAUGCGCAAGUCCAAAAAGUGAGUCAAAUAGAGCUACCAGCGCAAUGUCUCAGACCUCAGAAAAGUCUAAUGCCUGCUCUGACAGAUCUGGUGCAAAGAGCCUGGCAUCUCAGGAAGUGAAGAAUGGCAAAGACAUGACACAGAAUGCCUUAACUGUGACCUCUCCAUCGCCUAGGUCAAAGAGGUCCCCAUCUCCUAGGUCAAAAAGGUCACCAUCUCCUAAAUCGAAGAGGUCCCCAUCUCCAAGGUCAAAGAGGUCUCCAUCACCUAGAUCAACCCACAGCACUGAAAUUAAGAAAACUGAGAGCAGAGCACCAAGUGGGAUGUCAGUAAGCUCUAAUGUAUCCUCACAAUCCAAAAGAUCCAGUAAAUGUCAUUGUCCCAGUGGUAAUUUGAGAGAGACAAAGACUGAGAUGCUGAAAGUGUAUGCCAAAGAUGAAUCUGAGAGCUUGUCAGGAAAAUCAAAACUGUCAGUUAAAUCUCUUAUAAAUAACAUUAAGUCUUCAAGCAACCAGUUUGAUGAACCUCUAAGCCCUACAUCAACAGCAUCCGUUUCUCUUGGACUUGUAGAAGAGCUCAAGGGUGAUGACUUUGAUGAACGACCAACCAGUGGCAUGUCAGCCACCGCAGAGGAAGCUGGACAUACGUUAGAUAUUGUAAAUGGAGUAAAUGCAGAGGAAAGGCCAAAGACAGAAAUGUCUAUGAACUCUGCAAUUUCAGACAAAUCCAAAAAGUCCCAUCACAAGAACUGUAAGACUCCUGAUCGAGCCCUUUCGCCUGUCUCAGCUGAAAGCGUCAUGUCAGCAGAAGUCAAGAAAAGCAAGUCGGGAAGCCAGUUAAAUGAAAACAAUAUCAGAGUGCCCUCCACUUUGUCACUGUCAUCUUCACGAAGUAAGUCACCCUCGGGAGUUUCACAGGAAAGCGCUAAAAAUAAAGCUAUGAAAGAAAGACAUUGUGAAAGUGUCAACAACACCAGCCAGGCAGAAAUGAAUGAGAUGUCUUCAAAUCAUGACCAAAGUGAAAGAGCCUCUGGAAAAGCUACUCCAGAAAGUACAUCUCAACAUUCAGUGAAAUCCAAAAGUGGGGAAAGUACUAAAGUGAGUGAUACAUCUAAAUGUAAAAGAUCUAAAUGUUCUUCCCAGUGUUUGGAAAUAAAUAAACUGAAUAUAAAAUAUAAUGGAGACAUAGAUGGUGGCACAGUUAAGUCAUCCACAUCAGACAGAAGAUCUGUAAAAAAUAAUGCAUCCCGACCAAAUUCAGCAGGGAUGUCUGAAAGUUCCCAAAAUUGUAUAAGUCUACCACAAGAGAUGCCCAACAAGAGUAAAGCGUCAUUCAAGCAUCAUGGUUCCUCAAGCAACAGUGUUUUAUCUCGGGCACUUUCAGCGGCUGAUCUGUUGAAAGAGAUUAUCGGCAAUGCGAGACCAGUCAGCAGAGGAUCAAAGUCAGUUGCCUCCGGCAAAGAUGUCGACAAGGUAGAUAAUAAAAGCCAAAAAAGCAGCAGGAGCAAAGUCAGCAUCUCAUUAGAGUGCAACAACAAGGAGCUGAUGCCGUCAUGCUUACCGAACGCUUCCCCUACAGAAGUUGUGAACGACUGGCUCAGGAACAUUCCCAUAGAUACCCAUGUUUAUGAAAUGGAUGCUGAACUCAUUGAAGAAGUGACCCUGACUCAAGGUGGUGAGGACACGUCUCAAAGAGACAAAGUUGAUGCACCAGAAAGCAGAAUAGAGAUUGAGAAACCUCAUGAUGAUCAAGCAGGUGAGAAUCCCAUCCAAGACAUUUGUGUUGAGACAGAGUUGUGCAACGAACUAGAAGUAAGCACAAUGGAUCCAGACCGCGAAGCAUUAACCAAACAAGACAGUUUGCAAAAGCAGCGUCAUUCUUCGGUUCAGGUCAUGAAGGUUUUACUGGGUCCAAAGCUAGACAGAUCCAGCAGCUUACCUGAGGUCUCCCCUGUAUAUGGUAGAAAAUUAAGCCAGUCUGCUCAAGGGCUGUUGGACUGCCUUGCGAACUUACGAUUGAUUGACUCCGACUCUAAAAAUGAAAAGCAACAUAAAUAUAAUGAAAUCAUGAUGAUCCUACAGUCGCUCUGGCUCCAAAAGCCCUCUGAGGAUGAGCAGAAAAUAAAUCCCUCAGCUGAAGAAGAAUUUAACCCACGGUCUUCAUCUGGGGUUGAUGUAAGCAGCGUUUCCACCAGCUCUGUUAAUGGCAUAGUAGAAAAAACAGAGACCGUACAAGGCACAAUACCACCGAUUGCUGAACGAGAGGGAUCACUGCAAGACAAAGAUGAAGAAGAUGAGGUAAAGUCUACAGCUCAAGCAUGUGAAUCUUUAGAUCCGUCCAAAGUCCCAUCAGAUCUAGUAAGUCCAGACAUUGCGGAGCAAGUCCAGGGAAGUCCAGAAAAUCCACAACUGGAUAAUGACCAAGAAAAUGGUGUAUUGCAAGAAGAUGUUGAAAGCAGUGAGAAUAAGAAUGAAUCAGGUCAGACACCACAAACAACCUCUUACAAGAGCUCUGGGAAUGAGAGUUACGCUAUGAAAUCUCAAGAAAAUACCACCAGCUCGGGAACUCCACCGUCUGUUCAGAGAGCUCCGCUUAAGAAAAGAGUUUCGCAAGACCCAGAUCCCGUUUGGGUGCUGAGCUUAUUAAAAAAGCUAGAAAAGCAGUUCAUGUUGCAUUACGCGGAUGCCAUGGCGGAGUUCAAAGUGAGGUGGGAUUUGGAUGACAAUGAGUUGCUUGAUAAGAUGAUAAGUGAGCUGAAAGAGGAAGUACAAAAACGGAUUCAGUCGAGCAUUAACCGAGAACUACUUAAAAUCCAAAGUAGGGCCGGCAGGGGUCCGAGACCUCCAGGAAAUACUCUAUCUAGAGAGUCUACAGUGCAGACUGAGCAGCGACGCAAGCGUCUUCGGGUCAUGCGUAAUAAGUCCAUCUUGUCUAGAAGUGAUGAAAAUUAUACUGCGUCUGGUACGGAAUACAGCGAUCAACGCAGUGACGAUGAAUACUGCCCGUGUGACGCAUGCAUGAAAAAGAAACUCGUGUCUAGAGCGGUCCAGAGAGCUCAGGCUUUGAGUUUGGCUCCAGUUAUGAUGGAAUUUGAUCUGCGGAAAAUUUUGCAGAUGAAAAAGGAUCCAGCCCAACCUACAGAACCAAAGACGGAAGACCAACACCCAACCAACGUGACUUGUGCAGUUGAGAAAGAAGAGAACAACUUGGAAGUGGUUAAUGAAGAGGUAGAGGAAGCGAAUGACAAUACUAUAGAGAUGGCAGAUCAAGAGCCAGACGCUGAUGUCAAUAUAACUGAUCAAGACAAAAACGCAGAAAGCAUUAAAGAUGUGUCUCUAGACUCUGAGACAAGAGAUCCAAAUGAAGAGGAAGCAAAUGACAAAAGAGAUUCUGGUGGUGAAGAUGAUGUGGAGAACAAAGAAGGUGAGGAUGCAAAAGAAGAAGUGGUGGUAAAUGGUAUGAAAGAUGCUGAGGAGGAAGAGGAAGUAGAGAUUGAGGAAGAGGACUGUGAGAAUAAAGACAGUCCUGAGGGAGAUGCAGCAAAUGCAGAAAACAGCGAUACACCUGUGGAGGUGGAAAAAGAGGAUGAGAUGACAGAAAUUGGUGAGGAAGCCGAAUUGGAUGACAAGGUGGCAGCGACUCGAGGAGAAAGUACAGAAGACGAGUCUGCAGAAGAUGGAGGUGAAUCUAAAGACGAUGCACCUGAAACUACUGAAGAUGAAACUCCAAAUGAGGAGUCCACCAAUGAGGAGAAUCCUGAUGGGAAUCAGGAUGGAUCUGUAGAGGAUAAUGCCAAUGAAGAUGGGACAUCAAACACAGGACAGGAUGAGGAGCAACCUGAAGAAACCUCCAAGGCAAAUAUCGAGGCAGAGGUCAAUGGAGAUGCAGAAAAUGAAAUGGACAAAUGUAGCUCUGUUGAGGAAGAUUUUGAGAACGAUAAAUCUGAUGAAACUGUUAUUGAUAAUGCUGAGAGCGCACUAGUGAAACAGGUAACAAAAACGUCAGUGGAGUCUCAACCAGGAUCUGAGGAGAAUCAGACAGCUAAACUCAAAGAUCUUCAGAGUUUCAUGGAGAGCGUUGAAAGUCAAGCAGACAGCAUGGUUGUGAUUACAAAACAAGCGCCAUACAAAGAGCCACAUGGACCAGGAAACCAAAAGGACAUGUGCAAUGGCUUGACCGAAUGGCAGGUGUCUCCUAAAAUAAGCAACAGGGCCAAUAAACAAAAGAAAGGACAGUGAUGUUAUGGUGAACAAUGAAGGAUUGUAAUCGUUUGAUAUUUCCUCAUAUAAAGCACUUUAUUACUAAUGUUACUUUAGAUGGGACUUCAAAGACAUCUAAAGAGCUAAAUAGAUAUGUAAGAGAUUUCAAAACUGUAUAUUGUACAAUUCUGUAUAUUUCCAUGUAGUCAAGGUAAUAUUGUUUUAAUGAGUCUGUUAAAAAGCAUCAAACUUUCAUUUAUAAACAUUUUACUCAUGGAUUCAUAUACACAGUCAAAUAAUGUAUAUAACUCAGUCAUUUCACAUUUUACAGAUAAAUACUGAAUUCUCAGGGUUCUAAAUGUUACAAGUAUUAUAAUUCACAGAUAUUGUUUACCCAAACCUCAACCAAGUUUAGCAUUACAUUACUUAUAGUUUAUAUGCUAAAUGGGACAAUUAUAUUUCAAAAAGUUCCAUACAUCUUGGAAUCUGCAAAAUGUUAAUUAUUUUACCAAAAUAUGAGGGGAUCAUACAAAAUGCAUGUUAUUUUUAAUUUAGUACUGACCUGAAUAAGAUAUUUCUUAUGAAAUAUGUUCACAUAUAGUCCACAAGAAAAAACAAUAGGCAAAUUUAUAAAAAUGACCCCGUUCAAAAGUUUACAUAUACUUGAUUCAUAAGUUGUUAUCUGAAUGAUCCACAGCUGUGUUUUUUUGUUUAGUGAUAGCUGUUAAUGAGUCCCUUGUUUGUCCUAAACAGUUAAAAUGCCUGUUGUUCUUUGGUUUUUGAGCAUUUUUGUGUAUUUUAACCCUUUUCAACAAUGACUGUAUGAUUUUGACUCAUAUACAACUAUUACAGAAGGUUCAAAUACUCACUGAUGCUCCAGAAGGAAACACAAUGCAUUAAGAGCCGGGGGGUGAAAACUUUUUGAAUUUGAAGAUCAGGGUAAAUGUAACUUAUUUUGUCUUCUAGGAAACAUGUAAGCAUCUUCUGUAGCUUCUAAAGGGCAGAACCAAAUGGAAAAAAAAAUACGACAUUUAGGCAAAAUAAGACAAAUUUAUACAUAUUCAUUUUGUUCAAAAGUUUUACCCCCUGGCUCUUAAUUACGGUGGCCGAGAGAGCUCAACGCGCUGCAACUUAAGAAAACACAUGCAAACAGAAAAAAGCGACAACAAAUUAAGAAAACAUCUUCAUCAGUUUGACAACACAGACGCUGCAAAUCCUCGCAACGCAAACACAAAUACGGAAACACGCUGCAAAUUACUUAAUGCAAAUUACCGUACUUAAUGCAUUGUGUCUCCUUCUGAAGCAUCAGUGAGCAUUUCAAUCUUCUGUAAUAGUAGCAUAUGAGUCCCUCAGUUAUCCUUAGUGUCAAAAGAUGGAUCUAAAAAUUAUACAGUCAUUGUUUGAAAGGGUUCAAAUACACAAAAAUGCUGAAAAACCAAAGAAUGUGUGGGACCUGAAGGAGUUUUCUGAAGAACAGCGGGCAGUUUAACUGUUCCGGAAAAACAAGGGACUCAUGAACAACACAAAACAAAAAUCACUGAAAAAAAAAAAAAAAAACACAUCUGUGGAUCAUUCAGGUAACAACACAGUACUAAAAAUCAAGUGUAUGUAAACUUUUGAACGUCAUCAUUUUUAUAAAUUCAGCUAUUAUUUUCUUUUGUGGGCUAUAUGUAAACAUCUUUAAUGUAAAAUAUCUUAUUCAGGUCAUAACUAAAUAAAAAAUAACACAAAUUUUGUAUGAUCCCUCUUAUUUUGGUUAACAUUUUGCAGAUUCUGCAAGGUCUGUGUAAACGUUUAACCUCACCUGUAUAAUUGCAUAUAUAAUGCUUUUAAGAUGUGUUCAGUUUAGCAGCGACUUUUUGCCAUGCCAUGUAUAUUUUAAAAUGACUUAACCAUGUAUUAUUUAAUUCUGAAGUUGCAAAAUGUUCUGAUGCUGCUAAGUGGUGCUUGAUGCUACAUUUUAUGUCAUGAAAGAUCUCACCAUGUGUGGUAUUUAAAGCAUCCUUGAUCAGGGUUUGUUGUAUGUUGCUAUUGUACUGUAACAUUUACAGUAAUAAAUGCUCAACUUUGAGAA